AUGGAAGUACUAGUAUGAACUCGUCGUAGUAUUUGACGAAUCAUAAAACUGCGCUUAAUUUUUGGACCUGAAAAAUUAAAUUUAGAUGAAACAAACAAUCACUACACUUAACAAAUAUUCAAGAUUUGUACCAAAGACAGGAGUAUAUCCAAAGGGUUAUAAAGUUGGAAGUAUACACUGUGGAGUUAAAAAGAAUGGGGAUUUAGAUCUUGCUUUAUUAACAAAUAUUAAUGGUUCUGCUAAUGCUGCUGGUGUAUUUACAACUAAUAAAUUUAAAGCUGCUCCUGUUCAGAUAUCAAAAAAGAUCUUAAAAGAGAAGAAUGGAAGUGGAAUUGAAUCUUUUAUUAUAAAUUCAGGUAAUGCAAAUGCUGUCACUGGAAAACAAGGUAUUAAAGAUGCUGAAGAUAUGGUGAUCGUAACUGAUUCAGUUCUAGAACACUCUCAAAAUUCAUCAUUAAUUAUGUCUACUGGUGUAAUUGGACAAAAUUUACCGAUUGAUAAUAUCCUAAAGGGUAUUCCUAAAUUAGCAUUAACUGAAUUAGGUGAUUCUCAUGAGCAUUGGUUAAAUUGUGCCAAGGCCAUAUGUACAACAGAUACAUUUCCCAAAUUAAUUACAAAACAAUUUAAAAUUAAUAAUGAUACUUAUACAUUGGCUGGUCUUUGUAAAGGUGCAGGUAUGAUUUGUCCAAAUAUGGCUACUUUAUUAGGUUUUUUUGUUACUGAUGCACCUGUAAGUCCAUCUGCAUUACAACAAAUAUUACAAUAUUCUGUUGAUAGAUCAUUCAAUUGUAUUUCUGUUGAUGGUGAUAUGAGUACAAAUGAUACUAUAGUUGCAAUGGCUAAUGGAGCUGCUGCUGGUGAAUUAAUCGAUAAUAAAGCAAGUUCAGCUGAAAGAUUUUCAAAAUUACAAGAUGAAAUUGUUGAUUUUGCACAGAAGUUAGCUCAAUUAGUAGUUAGAGAUGGUGAAGGAGCUACUAAAUUUAUUCAUAUAAAAGUUAAAGAUGCAGUUUCGUAUAAAGAUGCAAAAGUAAUUGCAUCCUCAAUUGCUAAUUCUAAUUUGUUCAAGACUGCAAUGUUUGGAAAAGAUGCCAAUUGGGGUAGAAUAUUGUGUGCUAUUGGUUAUUCAAAUAGUGACUCCAUAAUACCUGAAAAAACAAGUGUUAAAUUUAUAUCUAAAAAUGGUGAAAAUUUGGAUCUUUUAAUUAAUGGUGAACCUGAAUUAGUUGAUGAGUCAAAAGCAAGUGAAAUCUUACAAGAUGAAGAUUUAAUAAUUGAAGUUGAUUUAGGUACUGGUGGUGAACAAGAAGCUGAUUUUUGGACUUGUGAUUUAUCUCAUGAAUAUGUUACAAUUAAUGGUGAUUAUCGUUCAUAA